AUGGAUACGUGCAAACAAGCCCCUUGCAUAGGUUGGUACUUCUACACUAUCAUGCAGGCCGAUGGCAAUCCUAAAACAGCACAGACCUUCUUAUACAUCUCUGGUGGUCCCGGUGCCAGCAGCCUUGGAAUUAUGUUGACAGCUAACGGACCAUGUCGCAUGGAUGAGGAUUCCCUCAUCGAAAACGAGUUGAGUUAUGCACGUUCAGUAGCCCGUAGACGCUUCCGGUGCCCUAGGUUCUCAUGGACGAGACAAGCUAACGGUAUCUGGGUCGAUGCACCGAUACCUACAGGUUUCAGUCAAGGACCUAUCGGUGCCGGAUGGGAGAAUCUAAUAUUAGACCUGGUGGACUUCGUCAAAAAGUUCUUCGAAGAACAUAAAGACCUAAACAAUGGCGUGCAUCUAGUCGGCUUCUCGUCGUCGGGUAAACUCCGAGGCGAUCACAUCACCGGCAAUAAGUGUAUAAACCCCCCUCCCCUCCCCUCAGCCCAGAUGAUGGCAACGUUGGGGGCACGGCUGGUCAAGUCUGUCGGCUUCAAGGUCAAUCUGGUUGGAGUGAUGAUGCUUUCUGGAAUUGUAGCGCCUCUAGCUACCAUCGACCAGAUGAAAGCAGGGCUGGUUCAAUGUAAAGAUCGACUAGCUGAGUGCAAUCGUAAUGGCCCCGGAGGGACUCCGAUCUCAGUUUAUUGCAAGCAAGCUCUGAACACCUGUGAAAACAACACCGCGCAGCGGCUUAUUUCAGCAGGAACAAGCGCUUACGACAUCCGCGUGCCACCUGGAGGGGAGAACACUUCCUACAGACUUCACCCUGGGAACGUGCCCGACCUCUUGAACCUGAAGUCUGUGCAGCAAGCCUUGGGCGUUUCAAAAGAGUGGAUGCCCUAUAAUCAUCAGGUCCACGACCAAUUCGUUAGAUUCGUUGCCUAUGAUACAACAUAUCAGGUCACAAGUCUCCUCGAUGCAGGAUUGAAAGUACUUGUCGUGAACGGUGACCAAGAUUUUAUGACCAAUGCUGUCGGUGCGUUCGAAGGGGUUUCGAAAUUGAAAGGAGUUAAAGACUACGGGAAGUUGCUCAAGGAAUCCCCUGCUAAGGAUAUCAAGGUUGAUGGUAGGAAUUUCGGCAAGAUGUGGGCCUCACAGUAUACAAAUGGAGCGAAGCUCGCAUUCAUCAAAGUGCUUGACGCGGGUCAUAUGAUGUUCUUGUAUGAGCCCAGUGGAGCGCAGAGUAUCUCCGAGAAUUUCUUCACUGGUGGAUAUUGGAAGAGUAGAUGA